AUGGACCGCUUCCGAAGUAUGGGUGAAUACGAUGACACCGCUGCGGUUAUGGACGAUGAUCACACAGCAGCUCUUGGAAGUCACCCUCGAUCGCCCCUGACGAAAACACGGUCCAUGUCCGACGGAGGGGGCACCCCUUCUCGACUUUCUCCUUCACCACGCAUUGUCGACGAAUCUCGCCGGACAUCAAAAGACGACACCAGUAUCCCAACUCCUCAACCCGUGACGCCGCGCCGUCCCAACUUCUCAAGUCGCGGGUUCACGAUACAAAUGCCGCCACGAGAGUUUACCCCACCACCGCCAAAUUCAUACGUCAAGCCUGCUCCUUUAUCGCCUAAACUCGAUCAUUCUCAAAUAUACGCAUCUCCUACAAAUAUACUUCCACGUCGCUCCCGCGGUCUUGACUUUUCUCGAGCUGCCACCAGUCUUCACCACUCAACUCUUGCCGAAUCUUCCCCCGACUCGUCGCCCACCGCUGGUGGCAGGGCGAUGAAUAUACCAAGCCGAAGAAGUCACUAUGCAGGACCGGAACAAAUGUCAACAUCCUUAUGGUCUGUUAUGGGCAACCAGGAAAAGAUGCACAUCAGCAGCUCGCUUGGGAGCCAGGCGGUUGGUUCCGAUUCGUCCAGUAGCUCUGAUGACGAUGAGCUGAUGGACGAGGACAUGGACGAGAGCUACGUAACAACUCCGCAAGUCAAUAAGAUUGGUCCACGCCUUGGCCCUCCGGGGUCUGGUGGGACCUUUGGAUCCCCUGCCAUGAGCAGCCUCAUGAGCUUCCAACAGCGACAACGACCCCGCAAACAAUCAAAGAAGAAAGCUCGUGGGCCUUUGGGGCUGGGGUUCAGUGGCUCAUCUUUAUCCAAGUCACCUCCAGGCAAUUCUUCACGAGCUCGGCGUGAGAGCAUCAGCUGGCAAGCUAAUCAAUUGCACAUUUCUGGUGCAGACUCCGAUGAGGCACGAGCAAUGGGCGACGUGGAUGGGAUUGGAGAUGGUCAGCGCAAUGUUACUCGGAGAGUCGUAACACGGCGAGGAAAUCUCUUGCCCAAAACAAAAACAUUUGCACGGAUCCGAGCUGCGCUCAUGGAAGAGAGCACCCCCGCCGAAUCCGAAUUUCGUCGAGAGGCCGAAGUUGUCAAGCAAGUUCGCGAUUGCGACAUGGAGCUGGAGCCCAGAAUAUCCCAACAGACGGCGGAAUCGACACAACCAACCACGGCCCCUUCUUCGCCUACAUUGAUUCAACAAGAAGGUCUGAAUGAUGUUCCAGAAGAUGACAUUAUGGGCGAUAUCGCCAUGGGCCUUUCCAGUAGCUUUAAGCAACAUGCUAUCAAGAAUUCAAAGGGCAAGCCAUUCUGGGAUGCAUUUCCCGAGCCAAGCGGCGCUGGUGGUGCCAGAACCACACCGCCUCCUGCUGCUUUCCUCCCACGAGGAUCAUCCUCAGGUAUUAGUGAAGACGUGGCGAUGGACUCACCGUCAGUCGGUGGAGCUACUAAUGCUGUCAAUCAACCACCUAGCGCUGCAGAGAUUACCCGAAAGAUUAAUAGUAAACGCCGUCGUGGUGACGAUGACUUCGAUCCCGUUAGCUUCAAACGUCGAGCUGUCAGCCCCGGCAUGAGUGUUCAUAAUUCACCUGUCACGCAAAGUCCACUUCAACGAGAUGGCAUGUCAUGGGGUUCUCGUCCUGGAAGCAACGGCGGCGACAAGGCAGGUAGUAGCGCUCCAAGUGAGGCUGGUAGCACACCGGGCAACCUAUCCGGUAGUAGCUCUGCGGCUGGUCGACUUAACAAUAACAAAGGCAGGGUUGGUUUUCAGGGAAUGGUUGAUACCCACGAUGGUCUUAUGCGGAUGAGCAUCGAGUGA